ACAGGUUGGUUUGUUGUUAACAACAUCAACAAGCAUAUUAACAAGUAUAUUCUAAGCUGGGUUCUAGCCAGCAUCUGUCCUUUGACCGAAUUUUGGCGCUGGAGACAGACAAAACUUUUGCACAUUCUGUCCUCUGUGAUGGACAAAAAUUGGCAUGCCGUGCACGUGUCUACCACCAAAUUUGCCCCUCAAAAUUGAAGAAAUGGCAUUUCACAGGGUUUAGAUUUCAAAAUUUUCCCGGGGGAGCAUGCAACUGCCCAGACCCCCGUCCUGUAUGUACCAGGACCUGGCAGGGUACACUCUCGCUAUCAUCAGCAGGGCUGUACCACAGGCGGAGGCACUGGGGGGGACCUCCACAGAAAAACCUGCCACUGCCACCACUAAAACAGCCAGUACAAAAUCCCCAGAGGUUAACGUUAUACCCGAGGAAAGGAUGUUCACAGAGAAGCAGCAAGAAACCACUACAACAAAAUCCGAGGUCAAACUGACCACCGAACAGCCUGGUACUGUUGCACAACCACAUACAAAUGCCACAGAACAACCCGGUACACCACAACAGACAACAGCUGCUGGAGGACAACCAAACCUCGGCUCGGAACAACCGACCACUGAACAACAUGUUCCCGAUACAGAACAACAGACAAAGCCUGCAACUAAACAGCCUAACCCUGGUACAGAACAACAACAACAGAUGUCAACCAAGCCUUCUUCCCAACUGACCACUGUUACCAAAACCACCACCACACCGAAGACACAGUCAACUCAAACCUUCACACAGAAGCAAACCACUAAAACUACCACCACUUCUGUUGUUGGUAAGACAACAGGGAAAGUUGAAGAGGCCUUGCAAACUACGCAAGCAAGCAAAACACCAGAAGUAGCCAUACAGGAAAUCAAGCAAACCACACCAUCUAUUGCAGCUUCUACGCAAAAGCCAACAACCAAGGUCCAAACCGUGCCACCUACAAAUCCACCGCCAACCGAGAAACCUUCUCCGAGCCCUGUACCAAGUACUAAACCAACCACCACUACAUCCAAGCAAACGCAGGCUGUUACAACCAAGGCCAACCCUGUUCCUGAAGCCACAGCAGCUCAGACAAAAGCCAGCAGCACCGGUAAGACCCCCGAUGUCACAGCAGCAGAAACACAGCCUCCUACAGCCCCUACAUCAAAACCUGCAGCAGCUACAACAAAAAAGUUGAUGCCAGAAAGCACAGCAAAAGAAGACCACGCUGUUACUCCAGCUAGCCUGGGCUCCAUAGGCCCGCAAGUCGACCACAGAAAUGAGUCAUUGUCCGCGGCUGACAAGUUGGGAAAGUCGUCUUAUGGUUCCCUCAUCGUGGCCAUGUGCUUUGGACUGCUGUUUCUGUUCGCAGUCAUCGUUGUUGUCGGAAAGAGGUGGUAUGAAAGCUGGCAGAGAAGGCACUACUCGAAAAUUGACUAUUUAAUCAACGGCAUGUACAACUAAGCUUCAGGACUGACACAUCAAAAAACUUCUCUUUUUAAUUAUGUUCCAUAGACAAUGGUCUAUGUAAAGCAUAAUUUGUAGUCAAUAUGUUCUACUUGUACAUGUACAUGUUUUCAGUUUCAAAAGAUGUAGAUGUUUGUUUGCAAGUUGCAAAAUUUGUCUCUCUUACUACUUAUAAUCAGAAGUGUGUAUAUGAUAGCAAAGAUAACAAUGUUAAACAUGUAAUAAAGUGCCUAAAUAAUACAGUAUAUAUUUAUGAAAUUUUAUCAUGACAUUUGGAUUUGCCUUGCAAGAAUACAGAAUGUACUUAUGUCACUACAAGAUGAUGUAAACAAGAUGCCCAUGACAAAAAAAAAAUUUCUACGAUUCAAUCAUAAUUUUUGACUGAAAAGUGAUUGUUUUGCAUCAAUUUGAAAAUAGUGUGUGCCAAGCAAGAUGAUAGAGCAAUGCAUUAAGAUAGACCCUUUUGUUGUUUCACUUUCAAUAGAUUUUCUUAUCUACUAA